AUGGAAAUUAAUUACAUAAUCAAAUUGAGGCCAUCAGCGGUAUUUCGGUCAAUUUUUCAUGUGUUGUUAACUCAUCAAAAUAAUAUCAACUUCAAUUUAAAUUCACUUCCAAUUUAUCAUCCUGAUCCAGGAAAUGGAAUUAGAGAUUUAAAGCUUAAAUGGCCACGUGUUGGAAAUAAAAUAGUCAUUCCAUUCAUAAUUGAUCCAUCAAGUUUCUACAGUAGAAUUCAAAAAGAUAAAGUCUAUGCAGCUAUGAGACACAUAAGUGAAAAGACAUGCAUAAAUUUUCGAUGGAAAACCAAUGAAAGGGAUUAUUUGAUGAUUUAUUCGGGUAAAUGGUGUACAUCUUAUGUAGGACGUGUUGGUGGAAUGCAAAGAGUCUCACUACAGAGAGAUGAGACUUGUGGCAAUCACAUAGGUAUGAUUGUACACGAGCUAGUUCAUGCAUUGGGAUUUUUACACAUGCAAAGUCAUGCAGAUCGUGAUAAUUAUAUCUCAGUUAUUAAACAGAAUAUUAGUCCAGGUGAGGAGUUUCAGUUUGACAAAGUAAAUUCAUUGAAAGCUACAAAUUUUGGCACGCCGUAUGAUUACUAUUCAAUUAUGCAUUAUGGGACACAUGCAUUCAGCAAAAAUGGAAGACCAACAAUAGUCGCAAAAAUUGGAAAAUUUAAUCAAUUUAUAGGACAAACAAACAAAUUAAGUUUUGGUGAUUUGAUUAGAAUUAGAAUGAUGUACAAUUGUAAAUGUUUGGAAGCUGGUUACCAAAAUUGUUGA